AUGAUAGAGUAUUCCAAUCUUCCUGACAUAUUGCAUGACAUGUUCCUCAUACAAGAUAUGGCAUCUGGGCCAAUGGAAGAUGUCCGUAUUGUGCAACAACUCACAGAAGGUCCUGCAGAAGGUCCUAAUGAAGAUGCACUUCAGUUUAUGAAAUUGCUUGAAGAUGCUAAUCAACCUUGUUAUGAGAGUUGUAAGCAUUUUAGUAAGCAUUUUAGCAAAUUAUCAGCCAUUGUGCAUUUGUAUCACAUGAAGUGUCUUAAUGGUUGGACCAACAAAUCAUUUACCAUGUUGUUGCAAUUUUUGCUUGAUUUUUUUCCUUCAAAUGCUAAGUUGCCAAAAGAUUGUUAUGAGGCUAAGAAGAUUAUUAAGGAUUUGGGCUUGAGUUAUGAGAAGAUUCAUGCUUGUCCUAAAGAUUGUAUUUUAUAUUGGAGGGAGAAUGCCAUCUUUGAAGCUUGUCCAAACUGUAACAUUUCAAGAUGGGAAAAUAAUGAGUCUAAAGGUCAACAAAGUACUAAUGCUUCCUCCAAAAAAAUAAAGAAGAAAGCUGCAAAGAUCCUAAGAAGGAAAUUUAGUUACAUUGGACAUAGGCGAUUCUUGGAUAAUGAUCAUAAAUUCCGUAAGCAAAAAAAUUCAUUUGAUGGGCAUGCUGAUACGAGAUCAGCUCCUAUUACAGUAUCCAGAGGGAAAAUCAUGUUACAAAUGGAUGCUGUAGCCGAUCAUGUGUUUGGAAAGAAAAUAGUUAAUUUGCCUAAUAAAAGAAAAAGAAGGGAGGAAGCCUUAACUGUGUGGAAGAAUAAAAGUAUAUUUUUCACCUUACCUUAUUUGGAGCAUCAUGUGUUGCGUCACAAUCUUGACGUGAUGCAUAUUGAAAAGAAUGUAGUUGAUAAUAUAAUCAGCACAUUGUUGAACUUGGAUGGCAAGACAAAGGAUAACUUGAAGGCAUGUCAAGACUUAAAAGAUAUAGGUAUAAGAAGUGAACUUCAUUUGGAAAAGGUUGGGAAUGAUCAGACACACAUGCCACGUGCCUGCUACCAUAUGAAUGCUAGUGAAAAUGAUGGUUUUCUACAAGUUUUGAAGGAUGUAAGAGUGCCGAUGGAUAUUCUCCAAACAUCUCACGUUGUGUUAAACUCAAAGAAUGCAAGAUUAGUGGCAUGA